GUCAAAUGAAGACCUCUGUCAGGACAUUCCUGCACACUCCGCCGUUAGAAUAAGCAUCCGUAACGCACGUCCUCACCUCAGCAGCUCAACCAGCCGCAGACCUUACCGGAUGUGAAACACGGAGCGGGACUGAGCGCACGCACAUACACGGGGAGAAAGAGAGAUAGAAAUGGGCGACAGCUGCAGGAAUGGAGAGAGCCGAAUAUUGACAGGCGACCGAUGAUGAUGAAGAUGAUGAUGAUGAUGAUGAAGAGUGAGAAGUGAAGGUCUCAUUCUGACGGUCUGCAUCUCUUCAGUCACGGCCAUCUCGCUGUUUAACCCCAUCCUGUCCAGAGAUGAUGAAAGCGUUGUCCUCGCUGCGGUCCCUCGUGUGGUGUCACUGGGCCAUGGUUCGCAAGAAAGGAUCUCUUAUUUUGUGCGGAGCUUUUUUGUUUGUCGCCUGGAACGCCUUGCUCCUCCUCUUCUUAUGGGGGAGGCCUCCCAUUGGUCGACUUGGGGAGGGAGGUGGAGCCGAACCAGGGGCCGGAGAAGAGUGGGGAGCAGGAAAGUCAAAAGUGGGUGGAGCUAACGGAUUGGCCGGUGAAGUGAUCAGAUUGGCUGAAGAAGUAGAAUCGGAACUGGAGACUCAAAAGAAGCUCCUCAAACAAAUUCAAAGCCACAGAGAACUAUGGGAACAGCGGAAGGAACUGGAAAAGAGAGAAUCGGAGGACACGAAGGAUGAAAAGAUCGACGUAGAGCCUAAAAAGCCUAGGCAGAUUCCUGCAGUACAUCUAAGUCAUAAAGUGGUAGAAUAUGCACAAACUGUUACGAAAAAAACGCAGACUUUAAUGGUCACGCCGCCUCAGCUGGUCAUGAAGGAGCAGGAAACAGACCAAAAGAACAAGCAAAUGAUGGAAGAUCAACUAGGCCUUACUACACCAAGCCCUCAAAUCAUUAUCCCAAUUCUGGUCAUUGCCUGUGAUAGAGUAACUGUGAAGAGGAGUUUAGAUAGGUUGAUACAGUAUCGUCCUUCUGCUGAACUUUACCCAAUUAUUGUCAGUCAGGACUGUGGUCACGCUGAUACGGCCAGGGUGAUUGGCUCCUAUGGCAGUCAAAUAACCCACAUUAGCCAACCGGAUCUUGCGGACAUUCCAGUAAGACCCGAUCACAGGAAGUUCCAGGGUUACUACAAGAUCGCCAGGCACUACCGUUGGGCCCUGAACCAAGUGUUCAAUGUCUUUGCCUACUCCACAGUGGUUAUUGUGGAGGAUGACCUGGAGGUUGCCCCUGACUUUUUUGAGUAUUUCCGUGCGCUGUACCCCAUCUUGCGAUCGGACCCAACUCUGUGGUGCAUAUCCGCUUGGAACGAUAAUGGACGGGACGGUCUGGUUGACCCAGGCAAGGCUGAACUCCUUUACCGGACAGAUUUCUUUCCCGGUCUUGGAUGGAUGCUUUUGAAGGAAGUCUGGGCAGAGUUGGAGCCCAAGUGGCCCAAGGCGUUCUGGGAUGACUGGAUGCGACACCCAGAGCAGCGGAAAAACCGCUCAUGCAUUCGCCCUGAGAUCUCCAGGACUAUAACCUUCGGCCGGAAAGGCGUCAGUUUGGGUCAGUUUUUUGACCAGUAUCUGCGCUACAUCAAACUCAAUACUGAAUUUGUGCCUUUCACGAAACAUGACUUGUCCUACUUGGUCAGGGAGAAGUACGACGUAUCCUUUGAAAAAGACGUUUAUAGCGCCCCCUUGGUGAAGGUGGAGGAACUACAGCACGGUGGAAGCUUGAAAGGCUCGGGACCGUUUCGAGUUCAAUAUUCCAGCAGAGACAGUUUUAAAGUGCUGGCCCGCAAUUUAGGAGUUAUGGAUGACUUGAAGUCAGGGGUUCCCCGUGCUGGAUACAGGGGCGUAGUCAGCUUUAUUUCUCGUGGACGACGAAUUUAUCUGGCUCCCCCUGAGGGCUGGACUAAAUAUGACGUUAGCUGGAGCUGAGGAGAUCACAAAAGACCCGAAGGAGAAAACGUACAACUAUUAUUACAAGUAACGAAGGAGAGAGACGCCCUCUCAAACCAAAGAAAACAAGAGACAGGGUGUGAAAGGGAGUAUGAAAUAACAGCUGUUUUGUGAAGGAGGAACACCCAGGCAUUCUGGGAACUGCACAAAAGGAAGUGCGUCGUAUUUUGCGCAGCAAUCAUGCAACAAUCUUCCCUCAGUGAAAGUGGUAGUUAAGCUGCAAACAACUCCUAUGCAGAAUCACAUAUUCUGAUAUGGAGAUGAAUAAUCAGAUUCCUCUUAUUAUUAUUAUUAUUAUUUGAGCUUACUGAGCGUUGUGCGGGAUCAACAUCAAUGCAAAAGACAUUUUAUUUAAUCCUGGAGGAAUCUCACGAAAAGAUGUUUUAAAGACAGAAAAUGUAAAAAAUAUGUAAGAGAAAUGGGGACCAUAUGCUGCAGAAUUUCAAAUCAAGCUUGAUUUUUGGGACUAUUUUUAAUGAUAUUAUUUUAAUAUGCGCAAUUUUACUCGAUUUUGAAUUCAUUUUUGUUUCUGUUUUGUUUGUUUAUGCCCUAUUACAGCGUCCUUCUUACAGUGUAACUAUACACUUAAAUACUGAGUAAUAUUAAUUAACUACAUGUACUUAAUGGUUAGGGUUUGAUUAAGGGUUGGGUUGAAGGAUAGUUGUAUGUAAUUACUCGGGGUGUAACGGAUCACGGUUGAUCACAACCAACAGUUCGGAACGCACAUGACCCGCGGAUUAAUAACUUUUAAAACUUGUAGGUUAAUCCAACAUUUAUAACGAUUGCAGAAAGAUCUCUCGUGUCAAUCAAAUCAUGUGUAUGAAAGCAUUUUGGCUUCCCUGUAAAACAUAAUGAUGACGGAAAAAGUUGUGGUGGGACCUUAAUGCUUACUUACAGUAGGUUAUUAAUUAAAGGGGUUUUCUGUCACUGCUUGUGUAGCCUGCAUUAAUGCAUUCAGUAAAAAGCUGAACGAUUAAACAUUAAAAGAUCAUGAUCUCAAUUCAAACCCACAUUUAAAUCUGCGUUUGAUCAAGAGAGAUUCAAGGCUCGUACACACCGAGAUGCUUUUUGUUUUUGUUUAUUAUUAGCAUUUUGGGGCUGUUUUUCCGCAUUCAAACCCAAGCAAUUUUUCACUGGUGUCGAGCAGAAGAGUAUGCAAAAUCACUUCUUGACGUUAGGUGGCGCUACACAACUUUUAACUUCUGAUACCUGCUUGUAACAUCGAAGAAUAAGACAGAAAGUUAACAUGCUUGUUGUUAAAGUUACUGGUGAUUCGAACAAGCAUGGAUGGUUCUAGCAGCUCCAGCUCUAGCGAUGAAGAAAUGAUUAUUGUUCACCAGUGCAAUAAGCAGCUGAAAACUGAAUACGUGAGCAGAAUGCGUCCCGGUGUGAAUAGGCCUCAAGUUUUUACACUUUUUUAGUUAGUUACAAACAGUUAAAUAACCCAGAAGCACUGGGAGAACAGUUUAUAGAUCAGAUGCAAACACUGAUGUUUAUGGUAAAGUUUAAAUCACAGUUUUAUGGAACUUGACGCUGGUGAAUGUUGUACAUUACAUUUUGUUACCAAUGGGUGGCGACAAACAACCUAAAAUUAUGACACUGAAUAGAGGAAUUACCAACCUACGUCACACAGGUUCCCUUUUGCAAAAAAAGACCGGUUGCAGUAGCAAAACAUUCAGCAAAAACAUUUACAUAUGGUGAAUUUAACUGCAGACACUGAAUGCUUAGAAUGAAAUGUAAAGAUAUAAGUUCACAUAUCCUUCGCUGUCAGAAUGCAGUAGUUUUGCUUGUUGAUGAUUACCCAGGCCUUGUAUAGCUCCGCCUUUUUUCCUGGUCUUUGGCUUGGCAGAACCUCGGUUUAUUGAACAUUAUUUCUUACACAUGACAACACAGAACAAAACUGUUGGCAUCCAAAGACUUGUAGGCCUUCAACUUCUCUUGUAAAAUCACUUGGCGUUUCAAUAAGAUAGUUAUAUAUUUUGGGCUGGAUGCUUGGCCGUUUUGUCUUAUCCAAUAUCCAUUGGGAGGGUGCUAUCGCAAAUGGACCUGUCAGACGAACGCCGCUCACUUUAACUUUAAUUUUGCCAAAUCACUGUGCAUACCACUGGGUGACGAGCUGUUAUAAUACACUGAAAGCAUUAUGUAAAUAAUAUACAUAUAAUAGGUAAUCAAUAUAACAUUUCUGAGACAACAACAAACUCUGUACCGCAUCGGAUGUCAUUCCUUCGCUGCAAAUGCUAGCGCUCCUGUUUUUUUUUUCUGCAACCUCACUGCGCACCCAUCCAGAAUGUUUACAAACCAGUAAUUCAUCUAUAGGUUUGUGAUGUGUGAUCCGUUACACCACUAAUUAUUACUCAUAAUUUAUUGUUUUUACCAUAGUAAGUACGUAAAACGUAUAAGAAGGACACCGUAAAAUAUUGUUUUUCUCAGUGGUUAUAACUGGAAUUAUUGUUUAUUAUCACCAUGAUAUAUACAAAAUAAUAAUAAUACUAUAUUAUUAAGUUUCAUGAGAUUCAGCCUUUAAAGAGUGUUAAAGGCCCUACUGAAGCCCUUUUUGCAGGUUUUAUUAGUUCCUGACAUCAUUAUAAAUGAAGAUUGUGUAUAAUUGGUGUCUGAUUUGAUCAACGCACCCAUGAAAGCGCAGACUUGUUUGUUUGACUUUUUUUAUGUAGCACUUGAAUCAAUGAAGUUCAAGCUUGUGCCAGAAAUGAUCCGAGGCUCAUGUAACUGACAUACCAAAACUCUGGACGACAUUUCUUCUGUGCCAUUCUGUUGAAGUACUGUACUUGAACCUUUUAUUUGAACUGCUCUUCCUGGCCCGGGAGAGAUGUCAUUUGCUUUUUGUAUAGGUUUGUUGCAAAACCAGAGGUCAUAGAAAUUGCUUUUAAUGUUUUUACGGAUGAAAUGAAUGGAUUGCAGUGGGCCAGAGAUGAAGUAUACUGUAUCUGAAGUGUUCGAGAAAGAGAGAUGAUCUGAUAUUAAUGCAAAUGCAGUAUGAAGAAGUGUGAAACCACUGCCUGACAUGUUUAUAACUUUAAUACUUUGAGAAUAAAACAGACUAUUUUGAUAUUUGACAAUAUAUGCUACUUUUUCCUGUCUUUUUUUAGGUUUGUAAAUGUGUCCUUUUUAUGUCACGUCGUUGUUAAACUGAAACCUUAUCUGGGCACUUCCUUUUGUGUCAUGUUGGUUUGUUAAACUGAAAUCUUAUCUGGCGACUUCCUUUCAGAGAUCUUUUAUUAAAACCCCCACAUCAGCAGUGAUGCAGGCGCCAUUGUGA